AUGACGGAGCCGGGCGAAAGCGCAGUUUCGAUCUAUCAGAACGGGUUCUUUCCAAGCAAGGCCGCCAAGGGCGAUGCAAAUUUUGGCGAUGGUGUUUACGUUUCGAGGUACAUUGGCUACGCUGCGACGUACGCCAAGCCUGUGGAGGUCCGGCUCCUUUCAGGCGUCGCGAAAGUGCAAGUUGCAUGGCAAGUUGCUGUACGGCCCGGCAGCUUCAGAAAGGCAAAUGACAACAUAUGGGUCGUGCCAGAUCCGGCAGAUGUUCGGUUCUACGGACUCCUCAUCAAAGAAGCUAAGUAA